AUGGAUCGGUCGGUUAGUGCGAGGCGGAAGGGCGAAGCGCCGAUCCCGGCGGCGCAGGAGAGCUUCUGGUCGAGCCUGGUGAAGAAGAUGGCGGACUUCGUGCUGGAAGACGACAUCCCCUCCUCGCGCUCGUCCACGCCGCGGCAUCAGCAUUCGCCCACGCUCAAUGCGGAGGAUCUUCUCGGGAAACCUGUUGCGGGCAGCGGUGUGUCCAGCAGCCCGCGGAGGGCGAGCGCUAAGACAAGCUCCCCCCAAGCACCGCCGGGAGGCGGCAAGCAUGCUGGAGGCUCGAAGCCCACGCAGACACGAAGCAACGGAACCGCAAAAUUUGCAGGAACCGAACGAACGGCAGGGAUGGCAGCAGGUGCAACGGGAGCAGGGAAGCGAGGAGGCGGGGAUUCAAAGCCUGCUGAUGCAGCAGCAGGAGCAGGAGCAGGGGGUGCGGUGUCAGGUGGCAUGGCAGGUGGAUCAACAACAGCGGGUGGCAAGGGAGGCGGCGGUGGUGGCGGGUUUGUGCAGGGAGGGCUGGACGCCAUUAUCAACUCCAUCUCCCUGCUCGGUGACACCCUUGGCUCCGCUCUCGAUGAGGGCACAGGCAAGGUGGUGCAGGUGGCGGUGGGGGACCGCCCCUUCUUCAAGGCGUCUCAAAAUCCAAUCCUCUCCUCCCCAUCCCCUCUCUUCCUCCCUCCCCUCUCCCCCCUUCCCCCACUGUGCAUGACGGCAGGAGGGCAUAGGCAAGGUGGUGCAGAGCAACGGAUGGAGGCACGAGAAGGGCGAGCUGGGGGGACUGAAUCUGCUGCCUCCCUCGUUUCUCCUGCUUCACUCGCCUCUCCUCCUGCCUGCGUCUCUCCUGCUUCCCCUGUCUCGCCUCCCUCCCUUGCUGCACGGCCUGACGACCCUCUUGCAUCUCCUCCCCCUCAAGCUCCCGGCCAUGCGUCCACUGGCCCGACUGCCACGUCAGCUGCCACGUCAACAGCCACGUCAGGUGCUGCUCUGGCAGCGGAAGAUGAUCUGCUAGUGCGGCUGCCAAGGGGGAGGGAAAUGCAAGAGGGGAGAGAGGAGGGGGUGAAGCGGGCGAGUGAAGCAGCGGUGCAUGUGCCCAAGGAGACCCAGCUCGUGGCGUCCCGGAAUGUGGCCACAGCCAUGGCCAUGCGCGCCAAGCAGCUGCAGGCGGACCUCAAGGCAGCCCGGCGUGACGCCAUGGACGCUCGAGAGCGGUGCAGAGCGCUGCACGAGCAGCUGGGAGUGUUGCUGCAGGAGAAGGCAGAGCUGGUGGCGGGGAAGGCAGCAGUGGAGCGGGAGAACGAGAUGCUGCACCACCUGCUGCUCUACUAUGAACACCUCUACCUUCACCGUGGUGGCACACCAGGGGAGCACCCUGUGUUGCUGCCCAAUGGGGGCCAUGUGCUGCCCGAUGGGGGAGAGCAUGUGCUGCUGGCAGGGGGAGAACAUGUGAUGUCGGCAGAGGAGCAUGCGGUGUUGAUGCAUGAGCACAUGCACUUGCAUGGGGGUGUGACGGAUGGGCAUGGUGGUGAUCCUGGGACUGGGGAGGCUGAGAGUGGAGCUACUGACGUCACACCAGGGGGCUGUGUUGGGGGAAGGGAGAACCAGGAGGAGGGGCAAGAGAGGGCUGAGGAGCACACAGGGACGCCUUUGUUGCAGCCGGAGGUGGCAGGGGAGGUCACAUUGGAUGAAGCAAGGAGAGGCAGUGAGGUGGGUGGGGGGGCAGAAGCGGGUGGAGGGGAGAACCGGGAGGAGGGACAGGAGAAGUGUGAGGACCGUAAAGAUGCGCCUUCAUUGCAGCAGCAGGUGGCAGCGGCAGGCUCGUUGGACGAAGUGGGGGGAGGCAGGGAGGUGUGUGGAGGGGCUGAGCCGGGUGAAGGGGGUGAGGUGGUGGAUGGGGGCGGUGUUGGAGUGAGGGUGGAUGGUGCAGUCUUAGAGGGAAUGGAGGACGAGCAGAAAGUGGGUUUCGAGACGUCUCGAAACAUGGAUGAAGGGGGUGAGGUGGUGGAUAGAAGCGGUGUUGGAGUGAGGGUGGAUGGUGCAGUCGUGGAGGGAAUGGAGGACGAGCAGAAAGGUGCUGCAGGGCGUGGUGUUGAUGACUGCAAGGGUUCCAGUGUGUAUGCAGGCAGCUGA